AUGGUCGGGCUUUUUGCGGACGACAUACUGCAUUUCCUAUGGUCAUGGGAGUAUUAUCUAAACAUAAAGAACAUAACGCACGGAGGAAAGUAUUGGACACAAUUAAUGAGUGAGGUGAACAUUAUCUUCCAGGAAGUCACCACGACAAUCAGCCACGGUAGACGCAGCAACGCUGGUAUUUGUGCAGGACUAUAUAACGACCAUGGACAGACUUUAUGCAGAAUACGGUGUAAGGAAAUUGCGAGCCUUAUGCUAUACAUAAAGGGAUAUAGGUAUCAUAGUGGUAAGUGGAUACAAAGACCAGUGGGUGAACGCAGCGGCCACAGGUUUAUGGAAUAUUUACGGUGUACACUGGCGACUGAGGUGUUACUACAGCUGUAUGGGAAUACUGAUGACCAUAGGGAAAUAAUACAGAAGGUUGAGGCAGAAAUGCGGCAAACGCAUACAUCAGGGAAACAGACAUAUGAGCCAGGGGUUUGUGAGGGCCAGCAUUAUGGGGAAGUCAUCUUCGGAUUACGUGGUAUUGGACCCAGCAUAAAGAAUCGACUGGAGAAGUGGCAACAGGGUUUGGCAGGAGGCCACGCAGGACCUACCCGUGGAACAGGGAAGCAGUGUGCUUGGAAGGAGCAGGGCAAAGACCAGAACAAUGAAGACGAAUGUACUGCAGAGGCCGGGGCGACACCGACGAACUCUGAGCUCAUGCUAGAAAUAACGGAAUGGACGGAUACUGGUAUCUUUGGACCAGGAAGAAGGCCAGGCCAGACAGGAAGGGUCCCUGGGAAUGUGCAGCAUAGGCCACAACCUGCUCCAGCACCCAGACCGCCGCGACCACCACGGCCAUCAAGACCAGCCGAAGCACCAGCCAAACCAGUAGCGGCGAAACCGGUGGCAACACCGUCACUGGGGACGGGGAAUGGGACGACAUCUGGUGGUAGUGUUCGUAAGGGUGUUGUUACGGCUGCCGCAGGAGGGCAGGGGAAGAUGUCACAGACCGCCGUAACAGUGGAGUGUGAUGGACACAAUGUAUGGGGAUGGAAGCACAGGGAAAUAUACGUGGCGGACCGAUAUAGUGAUAAGGAAUGGAAAGCGGUGACGGACGUGUUGGAGGAGUUUAUUAAAUAUUUGCAGGACAAUAAUGAUAAAUUUGACGCCCACGGUGCCAAUUGUGAUAAUACAGGUUGGAAUGAUAUGACAGACACUGCAUACCAUGUGGACCAGAGAGUGGCGGAUAUGAUGAGGUGCAGGAUAAUGUCUGGAGCAUUGUGGUUUGCGAACGGUGCGGGGAACAAUACGGAAGAAUGGGAGAAAAAGAGUGAAGAUCAAAAGAAAGAGAUAGAAAGACUAAGAUGUGAAGUGGCUCAUGUAUUUGGGCACUUACUGAAAACAAGGUACUGUCAAGGUCAGCAACCUUGGUAUAGAGGUGUCGAGUAUGCGUGGGAAAUAAUGCGACAAAUGGGGGACACCAAAUGGGGAGGAGUGGUACCAGAUGGUCCAGUUACAAAGCACGAGUGUACAGAAUGUGGCUAUAAAAGUAAAGGGAGAAAAUUAGGUAUAGUAAAUGCAGAUAUGGCCACAUGGUUACUUCUGCAAUGGAGAGUCAUGGACAACAUAACAAACAUGGAACGCACAAUGGAGUGUACUAAAGAUUGGGCAGAAUAUCAAUUACAGCUAGGGCAGCAUGGCAACCUUACAGCUCAGGAUGCGGACGGGAAGAAAAAACUGGAGGACGUAAAAGAGGAGGCACAAAAGACAGCAGAAGACAUAGUUAAAAAGCUGCAGGACGAAGUGAAGGCAGUAUUCGAUGACUUAGGAAAUUGUACGGCAUCGCGCGAUAACGACUGCGUGAAGCAGCUAUUCGAGAAAGAAAUUCAAGAACGGGCAGGGCGCCUGUCCCUGUACAUGAUGUUCUAG